CGAAGUUCAAACGAGCCACAGUGCAUUACUUCGAUAAAUGAGCAGACGAUCCUUGCCCAUCACUGCAACAUCUCAUCAUUCGUUGCUCUAUUUUCCUUGGUCAUGGAGUACCCGGUAGACCCACAAGUGCAGCAAGAGAAUCGAUUCUCCGAUAUCGCGAGUUUGUGGGACCGGGCAGUUGGAGACGUUCUUGUUUGCUUUGCUGGCCUCUCCUUCACAAAACAGCCACCCGUGGCUUCGUACCAUGAUCUGGAGCACGGCUCUCCGUUUGCCGAUCAGGAGUACGCCGGCGGAUUGCAGGCUUGUGUCAUCGUUCGGUAUCAUGAGAGCCCCAUCGGGAUGUAUGAUGAGCUGCUUUGGAUUCCAGGUGCAUUCCGGCAUCCAGGCAAUGGGAAACAGGCCUAUCGCUGUACGAGGGCGUACGUAUCGAAGCCGUUAGCUGUGCACAGUGGCCGCAAAAAUUGGAAUGUGCCCAAGGCAGUAAUGUGCCGUCUUUGAAUUCACACGAUCGCAGUCUGCCAACUUUCCAUACAGUCGAAUCACAGUGUCACCCUACCGCGGUGGCGAGCCAUUCCUUGAC